AUGGUCAAGACAAAUAAAAUUGGGUCCAAGGUAGCAGUUUCAGCACACAAAAGGUCAGAGGUUCAUAGCUCCAACCCUCAGCAGGGACAAGGGUACUUUCUUGCCUCUAGCCAGCGAAGUGCUGCAGUCUCCCUGAGCCCUUCUGCCCAGCGAAGAUCAGAAGCUGCACAUCCCACCACUCCCCAUUCAGCAUCCGACUAUCCUCGAUCUUCCUCCCCGGAGCCAGGGCCCGGCUUCUCUGCAGCACAGUUUUCUCGGGGAACCGAGUCCCGACCAAGAAUGGAAGCAUUCCGCCAUUCCUCUCCUCACCGGAAGAACCAGCAAGUUCAGACAACACCUUCCCAUGCUGUCAGCUCGCAUCGGAAUGCUAGUCCACUCAGAGAGGAAUCAGCACGAAGAGGUGGUGAGAACAAGCCAGUGCGCGAGGUCAGCUACCGUGGCUCAUUAACCCCAGAUGCAAAAUCUUCUCGUCGAUUGAGUUUUUUAGACCAGAAGGAUAACUAUCAAUCACAAACCUUCCAAGAAGAGGAUCCACCUUCCAAGGUCCAGAACCCUCAAGGGAUCAGAGUUCCUCUUAGAAUUUCCAUUCAUCCAAAAGAUGAAGCCGUACAAACUGACCCCAUUCGAAGGACUUUGACUACCAGUGAAGUCAGGUCGCCGAAGAGUCCCUAUUACCUAGAGCAAGGCAGCAGCCGUCUCACUACAGACCAUCGGGCAGUUCUGAGAAAGAUCCCUACCCAAGAGCCAGAAAUGGGUCCUUACAGUUCAAUUCCUUCUGAACCCAAGGCCUCGCAUAGGAACAUCAACUUGGAAUCAUCCCUGAAACUCUCUGUCCUUAGAGAUUUGGAUGGUAGACACCGAGUUCCAUCACAUUCUGAGCCUGUGUCUCUCUGCAAGCAUCCUGUCUAUGCUGAAACCAAGCCCUCUUCAAAAGUCUUAAUGGUGUCACAGGUGGAGUCCAACAUGAGGUCCCCAAUCCGAGGAGACACUGAGGUCAGUCGCAAGGUCACCAUUUCCCCGGGACAAUCAAUACCAUCAACUCACCGUGCCACAACUCGAACAGUGUCUGAGGGCCCACACAAAUCUUCCAUGUUUGUCACUCCAGAGCAUGUCUGUAAAGAGCAAUCACAAAGACCAGCAGAAACUAACUACAUGUCCCCAGGACCCACACUCAGGUAUCAAGAAUCCUCCCAAAAGCCCCCCAUCCAUGCAGAACUGGAACUGACCCCUCGGCCCUUACCCCCUCGAUCCUUACCCAAAUAUGGGCCCGAGUCCUCAUGGUGGGGCUUACUGAAUCCUGAAGCUGAAAUGUCCCAAAGCUGGCCGACAACACCUGAUUUUGAGCCUAAGCCCUCUCCUCCCCUAGACCCAUUCAUGUCCCUUUUGGAAAUGAACUCAAGCCCUUUCUGUGAGGAUCUGAUGUUCCAGAGAGAGAAGGCAAGCCCACCACCGACACCGCCACCACCACCACCACCACCACCACCAAAGGAGUCUCCAAGCUGGGCGCCAAUGACGGAAGUGCCAAAGGCCCCCAAGCACACCUGUAAACAACCAAUUCAAAGGUUUAGUGCUUUCUUCCUGGAUGUUUCUGAGGAAAUGUGCAAUCGUGUCAUCUGGUGGCUGAAAGAUGAGGAGAUCAAGCGUUUCCUGGAGGACACCACGGAUGAUGCAGAACUGAGCAAGUUCGUGAAGGAUUUCCCAGGGAACGAGAGCUGCCACCCAUCGGAGGCCAAGACCUGGGUGUCCAGGCCCCAGAUCCCGGAGCCAAGGCCCCAGACCCCGGAGAUCUAUGAUGAUGACCUGGAGUUGAGACCCCCGUCGUGGCCCCAGGCCUCUGACAGCCAGCAGUACUUCUGUGCCCCAGCCCCUCUCAGCCCCUCCACCCGGCCCCGUAGCCCUUGGGGCAAGCUCGAUCCCUAUGAUUCUUCUGAGGAUGACAAGGAGUAUGUUGGCUUUGCGACGCUGCCCAACCAAGUCCACCGAAAGUCUGUGAAGAAAGGCUUUGACUUCACCCUCAUGGUGGCAGGAGAGUCUGGCCUGGGGAAAUCCACUCUGGUCAAUAGCCUCUUCCUCACUGAUCUGUACCAGGACCGGAAACUCCUCAGUGCCGAAGAGCGGAUCAUGCAAACCGUGGAGAUUACUAAGCACGCAGUGGACAUAGAAGAGAAGGGUGUGAGGCUGCGGCUCACCAUUGUGGACACGCCAGGUUUUGGGGAUGCAGUCAACAACACAGAGUGCUGGAAGCCUGUGGCAGAAUACAUCGAUCAGCAGUUUGAGCAGUAUUUCCGAGAUGAGAGUGGCCUGAAUCGCAAGAACAUCCAAGACAACAGGGUGCACUGCUGCCUGUAUUUCAUCUCACCCUUCGGCCACGGGCUCCGGCCAUUGGAUGUUGAAUUCAUGAAAGCCCUGCAUCAGCGGGUCAACAUCGUGCCUAUCUUGGCUAAGGCGGACACACUGACACCUCCAGAAGUGGACCGCAAGAAACGCAAAAUCCGGGAGGAGAUUGAGCGCUUUGGAAUCAAGAUUUAUCAGUUUCCAGACUGUGACUCUGAUGAGGAUGAAGACUUCAAAUUACAGGACCAAGCCCUAAAGGAAAGCAUCCCUUUUGCAGUCAUCGGCAGCAACACUGUGGUAGAGGCCAGAGGGCGACGAGUUCGAGGGCGGCUCUACCCCUGGGGCAUUGUGGAAGUGGAAAACCCAGGGCACUGCGACUUUGUGAAGCUGAGGACAAUGCUGGUGCGUACCCACAUGCAGGACCUGAAGGAUGUGACACGGGAAACCCACUAUGAGAACUACCGGGCACAGUGCAUCCAGAGCAUGACUCGCCUGGUGGUGAAGGAAAGGAAUCGCAACAAACUAACUCGAGAGAGUGGUACCGACUUUCCCAUCCCUGCUAUUCCACAAGGGACAGAUCCAGAAACUGAGAAGCUGAUCCGAGAGAAAGAUGAGGAGCUGCGGCGGAUGCAGGAGAUGCUACACAAAAUCCAAAGACAGAUGAAGGAGACGCAUUAACUGGCUUUCGGCCCCGGAUAUUUAAAUCUUCUCUUCUUCCCGCCCAUGCCAGCCGCUCCCAACACCAGCUCUGCUCAGGCCCCUGCAGCUACUGCCACUUCGCCUUACAUCCCUGCUGACCUUCCAGAGACCCAGAGGAAAUAAAGUUUAAUAAAUCUGUA